AGGGGGAGAGAGAAUGAGAGGGAGCAAAAGGAGCAUUGUGUGUAACACAGGGACAGAACGUGAAGGAGCACAAGAGGGAGAAAGUGUGUGAAUGUAAGAGAGCAAAGGCGGAUAAGAGUGAGGGAAGGGGGAUUGGCAAUAGCCUGUAGCUAGACUUUCCAGAUAUCCUUGUAGUGUGCUUAUUGAGCUCUUGGGUGCUGUGGACCUGUCUUUAUUCUUUGCUAUAUAACAGAACCUUAAGGAUUGUAUUUCCUGGUUUAAAUAGGGAGAAUUAGGUGAAGUCAGGGAUACCCAAAUACACACACACACACACACACACACACACACACACACACACACACCUUUCUUCUCCGGCUGGAUUACCUUCUUCUGCCAGAGAGAACAAGCAAAUGACACUGCCAUCCUCACUGCUCUGAGGAGAAUGCGGCAAUAGAAGGGAUCUACUUACACACAGACAGUACUCGCGCACUCAAAGACACACUUGGAGGAUGGCCACAGCUGUAUUUCAGGUUUCAUCCUCUUGUGUUCCCACUGCUAACUAUGAACUGGCUCCCAGCAACGACAUACCACUAAAACAUGUAGAAACAAUGGGCUCGACUAAAUCUUCCAAGAGCAUGGAGUCACGCCGGAGACCGUCCAGGAACGAUCUGAUGAAAUUCCAGCCAGACGUAGGGCAUCAGGAUGGAUCAGGCAGGUCUGAAGAGCAUCAAAGCCGGAGCGUAAGCCUGAUCCAGGCAAUGGAGGAGAACUAUGAGGUGGACCUGGUGUACAUCACAGAGAGGAUCAUAUCUGUGUCUUUCCCAAGCAGCGUGGAGGAACAAAGCUACACUGCCAACCUCAAAGAAGUGGCAAGCAUGCUUCGCUCCAAACACGGAGACAACUAUUUGCUCUUCAACCUGAGUGAAAAACGAUAUGAUAUCUCCAAACUGCAUCCCAAAGUGCUGGACUUUGGCUGGCCCGAUCAUCAUGCUCCAGCUUUGGACAAGAUCUGCAGCAUAUGUAAAGCCAUGGACACGUGGAUGAGUGCUGACAGCCAUAAUGUUGUGGUUCUGCACAACAAGGGAAAUCGAGGGAGAACAGGGGUAGUUGUGGCUGCGUAUAUGCAUUAUAGCAACAUUUCAGCAAGUGCAGACCAGGCUCUGGACAGGUUUGCCAUGAAGAGGUUUUAUGAAGAUAAAGUACUUCCUGUGGGCCAGCCUUCUCAGAAAAGAUAUGUGCAGUAUUUCAGUGGGCUGCUCUCUGGUCACAUUAAGAUCAACAACAAGCCUCUGUUCCUGCAUCACGUCAUCAUGCAUGGCAUCCCUAACUUUGAGUCUAAAGGAGGCUGCCGCCCUUUCCUCAAGAUCUACCAGGCCAUGCAGCCGGUCUACACAUCAGGGAUCUACAAUGUCCAAGGUGACAGUCAAACAAGCAUCUGCAUAACUAUUGAACCUGGUUUGCUGCUGAAAGGAGACAUUCUGCUCAAGUGUUAUCACAAGCGCUUCCGCAGCCCUUCCAGAGAUGUAAUUUUCAGAGUGCAGUUUCAUACCUGUGCUGUCCAUGACCUAGGCCUUGUCUUUGGCAAAGAUGAGCUGGAUGAGACAUUUAAAGAUGAUAGAUUUCCUGAAUAUGGAAAAGUAGAGUUUGUCUUCUCAUUUGGGCCAGAGAAAAUCCAAGAAAUGGACCACUUGGAGAACGGUCCCUGUGUUUCUGUUGACUACAAUACCCAGGAUCCUCUGAUUCGCUGGGACUCAUAUGAAAACUUUAAUCAGCGCUUUGAAGACUCAAUGGAAGGUGAGUCAGCGCUUUGGAUAAGGAGUGUCUCCAGGGAAGAUGUUGGUGAAUCAUAUUCCAGGGACGUUAUUCACAUGCAAGGUCCUCUGGAUGGUAGCCUCUAUGCUAAAGUCCGUAAGAAAGAGUCAGUGGAUGCUACAGCUAACGGCCUUCCCACAGCAGUCGAGCCCGUUGUUGAACACACUCCUGCCCCAGUGGACCACGCUCUGUCUGUUAGCAGUGACUCUGGAAACUCAACUGCCUCCAUUAAGACUGAUCGCACUGAUGAAACUGCCCAACAGGCACUGCCAGUGAUCCAGCAGCCCAGUCAGCCCCUCAGUCCUGAGGAGAAGCAAGAGCUGGAGCAACUUCUCAGUGGCCUGGAGGCUCCCAUGCACCGGCCAGGUUACCAAAAUAGUCAUGGGGGAGGAGGUGGAGGAGGAGGUGGCAUCCUCCACCUGGUUCCAGCUCAGGUCCAUGUUAAUGGGCACAACAGCAUAGAUAGGGAGACAGACAUACUGGAUGAUGACCUGCCCAACAGCCAUGAAGGCAACAGUGUGGACAGCCUGGGUACUCUGUCCUCACUUGAGGGUCGAGCCACUCCGGCUGACCUUUAUUACCAACCUGAAACAGUGAUCAAUGGGCAGGAAGUGCCCUACUUGGAGGGAAGCAGGCAUGGAAAAGAGACAGAACCUGUUUCACCACUUUAUGGCUCUUCCUCCUCCACUCACGAGAGUCUGGGCAGCUCAGGGCAACCAUCCAGCAGUUAUCCUAGCCACAAUGGAGGCAUAUAUCGCUCACAGUCAUUUGGAGCAACACCCAACACUGAACAGAAACUCAUGCCCAAAGCUCCAGCACGUACUACUAGCAGCAGAGAUGCUGUGCAGCGGGGACUUAACGUCUGGCAGCAGUUUGGUGUUCCAGAGGAACCAGUUGUAGAUGGGGUACACUUCAGCCCUGCACUCCAGAGUCACAGCCUGCCUGAGUUCCCGAAAGCUCCUUCUCAGAAUGAGAUAGAACAAUCCAUUGAGGCUCUCAAUCUGCUCAUGCUGGACUUGGAUCCAGCUCAAAUGCAAGUUCCCAAGUCCUACAGUGCCUCUUCUGGUGAAGGCACUGUGAUCACAACCCAGCCAUCAUUCUCCCAGACACAGGCUCGUCCUUCCUUUCAGGGUGAUGCUGCCAUACAUUCAAUGGGUGAAUAUUCACAGCCCCAGCAACAUACCUCACCUGUCCAAAAGGCUCCAUCUACAUUGCAAUCACAAAUUACAGAAACCUCUUUUCAAAGUCCUCAGAGGUCAGCAGUUCCAUGCCAUCCCUCAGUUCCAGAUCCUGCUAGUCUGAUCAACUCUUCUGGACCCUCUCCUAUAAUUAACAGUUUGGAGCUGAAGCCCCUUAACACUUAUCCCGCCAGCACAGCCUCUCAGUUUCCUGAUCCUCUAGAGGCCAGCUCACACAGUGCUCCCUUCAGGAGCCACUCAACCUCCUCCCCGCUUGCUGGAGAGGCUGAACCUGAAAACAUAAACCACAACCUGGAAGGGCUGGUGGCUCACCGUGUGGCUGGAGUACAAUCUCAUGAGGCAGCAAAGGAUGAAGGCUCAGGACCAGGACGACACCGAACUACUAGUGAGGGACAGUCCCGCGAUGAAAGCCCUACCCGAGUCCGCUCCCCCAUUCGCUGUAUUUCACCAGAACUGGCUAAUACCAUUGCGCUCAACCCAGGGGGCCGGCCUAAGGAGGGACAAAUGCACAGUUACAGGGAGGCAUUUGAAGAUAUGGAUGCGGGCCCAGUGAGCCCUCCAGCAUCUGCGGGCGGUGAGGUCUUCCCCCAAACCCCUGCAUUCCCUGUCUCGCCACAAACCCCUUACUUCAACCUGUGCCGUUCUCCUCCAGGUUUGGCUAAAACACCUCUGUCCUUCCUGGGUCUGAAGCCACACAACCCAGCUGAGAUCCUUCUCAACCAGACAGGUUCAGAGAAUCAUGAAGAGGAAGAGCCCCGUAGCUAUGUGGCAUCUGUUGCUCGUUCAGCAGCAGUGACUGGGGGCCAGCCAUCGAGUCCUGUGUCUCCUUCUUUUGAGAGUGGCAGUUUGGCCAGAGGAACUUCUCAUCCCUUUAAUCCCCCACUGUCCUCUAGCAGCCCUGUGCAAAGACCAGAGGGAGAGCAUGCCAUAGCAGAUAGCAGAGUAGGCCUAAGCACACCAUCUGAUGCAGUGGGAGACUUGGGUUUCCACUCUUUGCCCUCCCAGAGCACUUCACACACUCCAACUCCAUCCUAUGCACCUGGCAGCCUUUCAAGCAGCUUUAUCACUCCUGAUCUUAAUUCCUCUCCACCAGAGCAUGAUCAGAUGAGCACCACUGGUAGCCAACCCAUGCCUAGCAGCCCUGGCACACAUCACCACACCAUAUCCACUGACAUUCCUGCCCUCCAGCAAAGAUUGGUAAAUCAUGAUGGUUCCAUUUUCAGCCAUCAGCUUUCUCCAGCUAAUGGCUAUCAGCCUGGAGCAGCUGGCAGCCCAGUGCUUCCAAGGCAUGGCAUGGUCUCACAGGCGACACAAAGUAGCCCACUGAUGAGUAGACAGAUGCCCAUUAGCCAGGGUACACAGAGCAGCCCCAUCCUGAACAGGCAAGGUUUCCAAAGUGGGUACCAGCCAUCUAUUGCCCAGCCCAUGAAUCAACCCCACCAAAGCAGCCCAGUGCUGACCAGACAGAUGCCUGUAAGUCAGGGCACACAAAGCAGCCCCACUUUGAACAGACAAGGUCUUCAAAGCCCCUCAAUUGGGUAUCAGCCAUCCCUCACCCAGUCUGUCAUUCAGCCCAGCCAGAUCAGUCCAGUGUUAAGCAGGCAGACAUCACUCACCCAACCUGGCCAGAGCAGUCCCAUCCUGGGACGCCACCCUUCUGUCACUCAGGUGUCCCAUGGAAGCCCCAGCCUGGACAGACACCCAAUGCACAGUGGGUACACCACGCCAGAUGAGAGACAUGGUGCCCUCUCACGCCAGAGCAGCUCAUCGGGUUACCAUCCACCCUCCACCCCAUCCUUCCCUGUCUCACCUGCUUCCUACUCUGAUAGCUUCAGGCAGCCACAGCUGCCAGAGAAAAGGCGCAUGUCAAGUGGUGAGCGCCCAAAUGGUGUACUCUCCUACAACACACUCAAUGGCAAGGUGUCAUCACCCGUCUCCAGUGGAGGGAGCACUCCAAAUGUGCACUUCUUCCAUACACUUCCGGAUUUCUCAAAACUCAGCAUGUGUGAUGGAAGCCCAGAGACCAGGCUGAAUGUAAAGUUUGUCCAAGACACUUCGAAGUUUUGGUAUAAACCAGACAUAUCCAGAGAGCAAGCUAUUAAUAUCCUAAAGGAAAGGGAGCCAGGAGCCUUCAUCAUCCGAGACAGCCACUCCUUCAGGGGUGCCUAUGGUCUGGCCAUGAAAGUGGCCUCCCCACCUCCUACAGUGCAGCCACUUAAAAAAGGUGAACUCACCAAUGAGCUGGUUCGCCACUUCCUGAUUGAGACGAGUCCAAAGGGCGUGAAGCUGAAAGGAUGCCCUAAUGAGCCCUACUUUGGCUGCCUAUCUGCAUUAGUGUACCAGCACUCUAUUACUCCACUGGCUCUGCCCUGCAAACUGGUCAUACCCACAAAAGACCCCAAUGAAGAGAUAACAGAGGUUGCCACUCCAGUAAACCCAGCUACAGAAUUGCUCAAACAGGGUGCAGGGCAGAAGAGUCCUGUUGAUUCCCAUGCAUGCAACGUUCUGUACAUAAACUCAGUGGAUAUGGAGUCUUUGACUGGCCCACAGGCCAUCGCUAAGGCGAUCUCAGAGACCACGGGAUCCAACCCUGCACCCACAGCCACUGUGGUCCACUUUAAGGUGUCAUCACAAGGCAUCACUUUAACAGACAACCAGAGAAAACUUUUCUUCCGACGUCACUACCCCAUCAACACAGUCACGUUCUGUGACCUUGAUCCCCAAGAGAGGAAGUGGAAUAAACCAGAAGGUGGCACUGCAAAGUUUUUUGGUUUUGUGGCCAGGAAGCAAGGAAGCACAACAGAUAAUGUCAGUCACCUGUUUGCAGAGUUGGACCCUGACCAACCGGCCACUGCCAUCGUUAAUUUUGUCUCCAAAGUGAUGAUUGGCUCCCAAAAGCGAUGAGCUAUUCUGUGAUAUUCUGCUUCUGCCUUGGAGGACUGAUUUCCCCUGCAAUUUCAUUCUGUUGUGUUCAAAUCUUUAAUUUUGUGUGUGUGGUAAUGUUUGGGUGAAUAUUGGAGAGUAGGUCCAGGUGUCAGUGUGAGCUUGCAUGUGUGUGUGCGCGUGUGUAUCAGAAGGUGUGUUCAGAUGGAAUAGGGAGUUGAGCUCAGAUGGGGACAGAGGAAGUGCAGUGAAGAAGAGGAGUCAUGUGGUGAGGAAAAGGAGAGAGGUGAAAUUCAUCUCAGAGCAGGGUUAAAUUUAGAUAAGAAGGAUGGAUGUUAUAGUGUUUUUUUUUAAUAAAAAUGGAAAAAGGGAAAAAAAAAGGUUGAUGAGACUGAUAUCAGGCUUUUGAAUUAACAUACCAAAGAUGAGACCGCUGUUAAGAUAAACAUGUAAUUAUUUGGAGGACUUUUUGUUUGUAAAAUAAGACUGCUUGUUCAGAGGACAUUGCGUUCCUGUCUAUACAUAAAUAUCAAAAUUCUUUUGCUUUCUAUGAAAAUGACAUCUGUAUUCUCUUAUUAUAAAGCCAAAAUAUUGUGCAUGUUAUCCUUUAUGUCCAGGCAUCACUGGCUCAUGUUGGAUUAGGGAUGGUUUUACGUAUACAUGGAAGAACAAACUAGCAAAUUUCACUAGCAAAAAAAUGUGGGCCAGAUUCCACUUUUCACUCAUCCUUUUUUUUUUCUGAUAUCGGUGUGUCUUUAAGGUUUCCUUUCUUUCAGUCUUCAGCAGUGUAGGAUAAUCUUCAAGAUUAUAACAUCAGUCUGGUCACUUUGGUCAAAAGAUGUGCUCACCAGUGUUCUCUCUCUUACUCUCUGUCUGCACUCUCUUCCCCUGUCUUCUGGUCACAAUUUUACUCAUCAACUCUUCCUAACAUGAGAGCUGGUCCGUUUUCCACAACUAUACUGACUUCAAGUCAGGUCCAAGCAAGCAGUCAGUGUAGUGCACCUGGUGCAGAUUUGGAUUCAUUAGUGCAUAAAGUAUCCAUAGGCCUUACUCAACACACACACACACACACACACACACACGAGUCAUCAUACCCCAAAGUAAGCUAAAUGUAUCUAAAAAGUAUGUCUAAAAGUGACUUAAAUGAAUAUUUAUUAUUUUGCUACAUUGAUCUAUGUUAACUCAUAUACUUGCAUAUACUGUAUAGUCUACAUAAAGAUUAGAAAAAAGAAAAUGAACAAAAAAAAAGCAAAAAAAAAAAGGCUAAGAUUUCAAAAUCAGGUGAUUUUGAGACAUAUUCAGUUAUGUAUGAUAUAAAGUGGAUGCAUUUGAAAACUUGUCAUUGUGUUUUGGAUAUUAUUUCCACUGCCUUGAUUUCUUUUAUGUUAUGCUUUUAUUUAGGAGCUGACACUGUUUUUGUAGAGGGGAGAAGGAUGUACACGUUUUGCUAAAAGCUGAGAUCAUAGGCUUUCAUGCUUCAUGUUGGAUUGUACACAAAGUGCAAGUGUUUGCCAGCAUAUAUAGAGUUCACUUGCUCUGCUAACACAUCUUCCCACUAAUUUUUUUUUUCCCAGUAUCCUUCACACUGUUCAAUAAAGAAACAAGCAAAAAUUGUAGUCCCUUACCAGGAAAUAUCAACAGUGCCAUCAUAAGGCAUAGUUAGGUGUUGCAUCUUUUCUCAUUUCCUCACAUUUCAGAGCCUCCUAAUUAUUUGGGGAAUUACUGCAGUGUUUUAACUGUAAUUAAAAACAAAACAAAAAAAACCUUAAGUCAAACGGGUGUUUUCGUGUUUCUUAUGCCAACCUUCCCAUGAAAUCCCACCAUUUUCAUUAUUACAGGGGUGUUUAAAGCAAAAAAAAAAAAAAUUCCUGUUUCUUUGAGUGUGUAAAUAUUUUAUUUUGCCAAAGAUUUUAUCUAACUUUUGUAUGCCAUUUGUGUUUAAGUUUUGUUCACUCUCCAGUUGACCAAUGUGCCGAAGUGUGGCUCAUUGUUUUUGGGGAGGAGCUUCCACUCAGUACAGAGACUGGCUUUGGCAUGAACAUGCAUUUGGCUCCUCAGGCCAUAUUGCUUUAGCCUUAAGAACUACUUCAAUAAUAAUGCAAAGCACUUAACAUUCACAAGCUGGCAGAAGAGCAACAAGAAAUCUAUUAAAUGUGUUGUAGAGAUAUUUGAAAGUCUUUCUUCAGCGUUCAAACAGUAUGAAUAUUAAAAUGCACAUUAUAAAUCAUAUGCUUUUAUGUAUUGUUUAUCUUAUUACACAUUUCACUUGACCAGUAGGCUUAGAACUGUUCACUUCCUAUUUAUUGUGUAGUUGACAAUAUGUUUCAAAACUUUGAUUGCAAUGCCUUUUAAAAAAAAGUCUCCCCCUCCCAUAUUUCAGUGUUUAAGUCAACAGUGUUGCUUCUCUCCAUGUGCCCAGUUAUUAUAUAGCUCUUGCCUAGAAUGUGUGAAUGUGCAACUAUUGCUGUACAGAACCAUGUGUUAUUUGCAUUAUACUGUAUGGCUUAAAUGUUUUUGCAAGACAAAAAAAUUACAUAUUAAAAACAACCCAACUCAGAUACAUUAAAGUACACUGUUACUUGGAA